AUGUCUGCGCCUGAUAUUGCAGGUUGGGGUAAACAAGUUGAGUCGAUCGGCUGGAGAAGACAGAGCCUGCAGCAGCAACAGCAGCAGCAGCAACAGCAGCAAGAAAACGGCGACAAUGGACAACAGCAGACUUGUUGUGCAAACUGCGCAGCCCAGUCAGAUAACAACUAUCCCCAGCAUCAAGAUACCUACGUCGUUCCCGCGUUUCAACAGAACAUUGAGCAAGACUUUCAUCACCGCUCCAUGAUCACCAUUCGAUCGCAGCAACGCCAAUGGCCCCAGGACAUCUGGUUUGAGAGUCCUACCCAGCGUGUGCUCUACCAUCCUACCUUGGUAUGGGACAACAACACGCCUGUGGAUCCACCACAGGAUACGGACUCUAUUCAUCCUACCGAACUAAGAACACGUGAAAAUGAGACCAAGUGUCCUUCCACUUGA